AUGGAGACUCUUAUCGGAAUGGUAGGCAAAGAUUUCGUACUUACUGCAGCGGAUACCUCGGCAGCAAGAUCUAUUACUGUUAUGAAGUCUAAUGAGGAUAAAUCUCGAGACCUUAAUAAGCAUAUAGUAAUGUUGUAUUCUGGUGAACCAGGAGACACUGUACACUUUGCUGAAUAUAUUCAGAGAAAUGUUAGGUUUUACGAGAUUAAAAAUGGAAUCGAGUUGACACCUAAGGCCGCUGCCACUUUUACUCGAAAAGAAUUAGCUACAAGUUUGAGAAGCCGACACCCGUACGCCGUUAACCUACUUAUUGCAGGCUAUGAUGUAACAACAUUAACAUCACAACUUUAUUGGAUCGAUUAUCUUGGUUCCUCUAUUAGUGUACCUUUCGCUGCUCAUGGGUAUGGUGCUUAUUAUACUUUAUCGCUCUUGGAUAGAUAUCAUCGCCCAGAUCUUUCUCUAGACGAAGCAAAAAUACUCAUUAAAAAGUGUAUAGAUGAAUUAAAAUCUAGAUUUAUCAUUAAUCUUGCUGAUUUUAAGAUUAAAGUCGCAGACAAGGAUGGGGUUCGCGAAAUUGAAAUUUAA